AGAAAAGGUUUUUACGAUACGACUACAAACAGCGCAAAACCCUCGAGCUCAGGGGAUUUGGCGCCGUUUGACUCUGUAGUGGAAGCACGUUUGGGAUGGAGCCGGCAUUGUUAUUAGGGUUGGAAGAAGAGGCGAAGGUGGUGGUUACAGAAUCAUCAUCAUUAUCAUCGUCAUCAAGCGCACAUAGAUUAGUCCCUUGGUUGAAUUGGGAUGAGUGGCUCUUCGUUAAACACGCUCUCUUCUCCGAUUCCCCUCACUCUGUUUCCUCUGCUCUCAAACGAAUAUCUGCUUGGCGAAGUCGAGGUUCCUUGCCAGUUCUCAUCGAAGUCACUGCUUCCAUCAUCGAAAUUCAACUCAAAGACCCCUUUUUCAGACAGGAUGAAUCAAAUGACGCUUCUCUUUCGGAGGAGAUGCUUGCUAUGCUGUAUUGCAUGGCUAUCAUGAGGCUUGUGAAUGGUGUUGUUGAGAAGACACGCAAGAAAGAAGUGACGUCAAUAGCAGUGGCAGCCGAUGCGAUUGGUAUUCCGCGCAUGCUGAUUGAUAUUCGCCACGAGGGAUCACAUCGUGAGCUUCCGUCACUUAAGAUUGUUCGUAGUGCUUCUGUUAAGGCACUUGAUUGGUUAAAAUCUUAUUAUUGGGAACCUCAGAGCAAAGCCAUUCCUUUUCAUGGUGAAGGAAUAGCAAAUGUCAAGAAAGAAAUUAAGUCUAAGAUUCGUGAACUAGCUAUCUGCUUGAAAGUCAAUGGGAGUGCCCAGUCUAGUUCUUCACUACUAAAAGCAAAACGGGUCAAGCAUAGUGAAUUGCUUUUUGGGCGUAAUAAGCUCUUGUCUCUUAUAGUUAGCAAGAGUCAAACACCACGAACUGGAGGAUCUAAGAAACAAAUUACAAAGAUCUUGAAAUAUGUUCUUCAGUUAUAUUCCUCCUUUUCCUCAGAGAUUGUUUCUGUGUUAUUGGAGUAUUUGUUGAAAGCUUUAAGUUCCUCAGAGUUGGAAGAGAAUGCAGAUGGUGCUUCGAUUGGUCUAACCACUCAAAAUGUUUUGGCCGAUUGGAAGCUUAUCAUACUCAAGUUGUGCAAUAAGGAACCAGAAUUACUUCUGAACCUUCUUAAGGAAAUCCUUGAUAUGAUUGAGACUCAGGAAGAUAUGAAGUAUAAAGAAGAUAACCCAAAUAUGGGGGUUUCACACUCGAGGACAGAGUUUCGGCUUUCUUCUUUGUUUGCAUGGCUUGUUGGAAUUCUCAGUAAAGAUCCUUCUGCAACAGCAAUUAUGCCAAAAAGAGUUUUGCAUGAACUUCUUCGUAGAUGUCUCCUUGUAUCACAACUUUGCAACAAGCAGCUCCUGGAUUCAGCACUUCAGCUUGCAGAGCUGAUGAAUGACAGCUACUUGAUGGAGAAAGUUCAAAAGUUCUCUCUUAUUAGUUUGUCCAAUUUAGAGAGUGCAGAUGAUGAAAGCCCUUUAUUGACUUCAAAGAACAUUUUCCAAUUUGAGGAAUCCAUGCUUGAAGCCGCUAAAAAGCUAGAGUUAGUUAAACAACAGAUAAUGAAAAAUAAAAAACUAAUGGCAAUGGAUUGUGACACUAAAAAAUCACAGACUUGGACUUUGGCAAAAUCAUGGAACCCGUGUCCAAUUGGCAUGUUGCCCCGUGCUGUUGGGUCAUCUGGUUGUCUUCCUGUUCUUAACAUUGUUGAUGGUGAAAAACAGAAUCAAGUAUCGCCUUGUUGUCUUCCUGUUGUUGACAUUAUCGAUGAUGAAAAACAGAAUCGAGUAUCAGAAAAGGAAGAGAAUUGGAAAUUGACCCCACAUGGUGCCAAGAGAGAUGCCACUUUAGACCUUCUUCAACUUGAUAAUUCAACUGUCAAGAAGAUGAGGGAGACCAAAGAAUUUGGUGAAUUAAACAAUGAAUUGCCAUUGCAAGGGGAGAAAGGAUGUCUCGUGGUAGGUGGAGUUUGGAAGAAACUUACAGAAGAAGAGCUACUAGUCAUUGAGUCUUCUGUAAGGAUUUUAGUUUAAUUUAUACUUUACUGCUUAGUUCUUGUCAAGAUUUAAUUCAUGUUAGUUAUUUUUAUGCUUAUUUGUUUGAUUUAUUUUAGAAGGUAUGGUACCUAUAAGAUACAGGUGCCUGGCCUUAAAAUAUGCAAUUCCACAAACAUAAGAGAAUCCUGUAGCUUAAUUACCUGAACCACAUUCAUGCAAUAAGAAUUUCAUUCUACAUUCUUUUGCCCUUGCUCCAA